GCGCCACGGUCAGAUUACGCGCCAGAAGCACAUAAUGACGUAUGCGCAAGGACAGAGUGCAUUGUGGUCUAGGGGCGUGCUGUGUAGAGCUGAAUGGUGACUGCAACCCCAAAAUGGAUGUGUUCUUAAUGAUCCGACAUCACAAGACCACAAUCUUGACAGAUGCCAAAGAAUCCACGACUGUCUAUGAGCUGAAGCGCAUUGUCGAGGGCAUCCUGAAGAGAUCACCUGAAGAACAAAAACUCUACAAGGAUGAGCAGCCGUUAGAAGACAGUAAGAAGCUAGGAGACUGUGGCUUCACGAAUCAGACAGCUAGACCAGAAGCCCCUGCAACUGUAGGACUGGCCUUUCGUGUCAGCGAUGAAUCAUUUGAGCCCCUGCAGGUGGAGCCAUUCUCUUGCCCUCCUGAACUUCCUGAUGUUAUGAAGCCACAGGACUUGAGCACCAACGUGAUGAGUAGAGUUGGGGGGACUGACACCACCACGCAUCAUGACUAAGCAAAUACAAAUUUGAGGGAUUAAAGAAAAAAAUUAUACCAGUCCUUGACUGCUGUUGAAAUAAGUCCAUUACAAAAGGUAACAUUAUUAUUGUUUAUGUAUGCUCUCUCUAUUAUCUUGACAUACAUUUCUGUCUCAAGCGACCGACCUCGUUUUGUGUACCAAAGUUUCAAAUUUUCUGCUAAAUAAUAUUUUAGGGACACUUUUUAUUUAGGAGACUGAUUUCAUCAUUUAAACAAAGAAUUGAGAUUUAAGGACACAAUGAAGCAAGUGUAAUGCAUAUGGUAAUAUAUAUUAAAAUGCAGUUUAUCAGUUUCAGUGUAUAAACCUACCUUAGCCUAACAUCUUUUGAUGAAGAAAGGUUUUUAUUCAUUCAUCUUGUCUGAAUACCCUGAUCUUUUGUGCAUAAUUUGUCUUACAUUUUUAUGAAGAUUUUGGUAACCCCUUAUUUAAACAGUCCAACAGAUUAUUAAAUGACAGUUUUGCAUCAA